GCCAGAAAUUGGGGUCAGAACGGAAGAGACGCUGCAAUCCCACACAAGGAAAGGUGUCUACAGGUCCAAUCUGAAUGCCGUGUCCUCGGCUUCCCUGGCUCCGCCGCCACCGAACCUCCCAGGGCUCUGGACCUAGCUCCCCAAGUACCGUCUCUGCACCCAACUCCCCUAGCAGAGGCGAAGACGAGGAUGCAGAAGAGGAGGAGGGCGAUGGCACCCCUGGCUCAGGCCCCAUUCUGCCUCCUGCAUCCCCCAUGGAAUGUCUUAUCUGCGUGUCACCCUUCGACGGCAUUUUCAAGCUGCCUAAACGCCUGGACUGCGGUCACGUAUUCUGUCUCGAGUGCCUGGCACGCCUGUCGCUGGCUACUGCGGGUGGCGGCGAUGCAGUGGCUUGCCCCAUGUGCCGCGCGCCCACACGCUUGGCUCCGCGCCGGGGGCUGCCCGCUCUGCCCACGCAGCCCGGUUUGCUGCCUCGCGAUGCGAGCGCGCCACUGCCACGCCAGGGUUCUGUGCGCUUUGACAGACGCCGGGGGCUCCUGUAUCUGCGGCCACCACCGCCAUCUCCCGGGCCGCGCAAGAGCCGCACAGUGCGUGCCCCGCCGCCUCCACCCCCUCUGCGCCUCGGCCGCCCGCUGUCACGUCGUCUGUCCCUGAGCAGUCCAGCAUGGGCUUUCAACGCGGCAGUGGCGCUGGCUGUGCUGGUGGCCGCGGGUCUUGUGGUCUCUGGUGUCUACAUCUUCUUCCUCAUUCCUCAUGUCACCAAUUCCGGUGCGCGGCCUCAGAUUGUGGCGCUGGCACCCGAAAAUGGCUUCUGGGUCUCACCGCGGCCCACGCCAGUGGCGCCCUGGACCCAUGCCUGGACACGACGCCCCACAAAGCCUGACCUGGACCUGGACGAUACCCUGCCAGAGGCUACCAAGGACACGCUCGAGCUUGAGGAGGCUACCAAAGACCCAGUAGAGACACAGGGGAUCCCGGAUUUACCACCAGAUCAAACAUCAAAGGUAGAGAAUGACCUUAACUGGAACCCGAAGGCUCAGGCUGAUGGGAAGAAGGUGCAAUUGCAGCAAUAAAUACCUCCACGAUGCAGGCAGUCUCCUGGCCUGGGGGACUUCUGUGUCAUCCUGGAAGGCAGUAACAAAAUGCAUACUGAAGUGCCCAUUUCUCCAAAUCGGGGACUGGAAAGACAUGAACUCUUUCAAGCCAUGCUACAAGAAUCCUCUGAGGACAUCUUUAAUUCCCAUGACCAUCCACCUAAAGGUACUCUCUCUGACCAUGACCUUAAUGAACCGCAUACCUUUGUAGGUCUAGAUGGGGUACCCCUGAUGUUCAUCUCUGUAGAAGUCCAGCCGGCCUCUUCCCCAGUGUCAUCUACACAGAACUGUGUCAGGGCCCUUUAGCCUUGAUCUUGAUGGAACGCUGUUAGGAGUACUUCAAGUUAUAGCAGCACAGACCCCUGCUGGAGACACUCCUGGCCAGCUCUGGGGACUGAAGGAUCUGAUCCACUUGUCCUUUGGGCUCACUGCAGGGACUUGAGGCUCCCAUCUUGGGAGCACAAAACAGCUGUUCUGAUCAUUCAUCUUGCUGCCCACAGCCAGUCUGUAAACUUCAGCACUUGCACACCUGACCAAGAUUCCAACUUAGAAGGGCAAAUGUGGCCUGGCUAAGGCUGGGGAGGGCCCUGACUCCUGAAGACUGGCACCCGUUUGAGAAGUAAAUCCCAAAUUGAUCUAGGAACCUCGACUUCUCUGGACUUUGGUUCCUGGGUCUGAUGCAAUAUGUUGUGGAAUAGUUGUGGUCAUCAAGGCUUAGAGAGCCAAGGCCUCCUGUAGCUCAGACAGAAAUAUUCAGUGAGGGAAGGUCUGGUCCUCCCUAGCUAACAUGAGAGAUGCUGUUAGCUACUCCUGGGCUCCAUCACCUCUGCCUAGCCUUCCUUCUGCCUCAGCUAAAGUCUAAGUCUUUCCACUGUUCACCUCUGUGGAAGAUGGCUCCUGUCUUCCUCCCAAACGCCUUAUUCGCUUAGACAGAGUUGGAGGAGGGCAGCUACUCUCUGCAUCGGCUGAUCAAAGGGCCUCUGAAAACCAUGUCCUACCUCACCUCACCUGGCAUGAGACACGGUAUAUUAAGGGUGGGCAGCAUUUUCCAGAAUGAAAUGUGACUUCGAAGUAUCUGGAGGCUUCU